UCCCAUAAAUAAGAUUCUAUUCCAUUCUAUUCCUCAUUCCCAAUCAAACAAUGAAGCCAAGUUUCAGUUGUCUCUUCUUCUUCUUCUUCCUCCUCCUCUGUUUCUUACACUGCGUGACUUCCAGCAUAGCGAGGCAGAGAGAUGCGCUAAACAAGUUCUACUUUAACAACGAAGCAGAGAGGUCGUCUUCUUCUUCUUGGGCGAGCAGUCUUCUUUCAGUAUCCGGCUUGGAGUCGAAGGUCUACGACAAUAGCGGGCUAAAGGAGGGGGACAAGGUUGUUCUGCUGCCUGGCCAGCCAGAAGGGGUGCAUUUCGAUCAGUACGCGGGGUAUGUCACAGUCGACAGAGCCAACGGACGGGCUCUGUUUUACUACUUUGCCGAGGCUGUCGAGAACAGCGGGUCGAAGCCUAUUGUGCUCUGGCUCAAUGGAGGGCCAGGGUGUUCGUCGCUAGGGUACGGCGCCAUGGAGGAGCUCGGGCCGUUUCGGGUCAUGAGCGACGGCAAGACUCUAUACAGGAAUCCCUACGCUUGGAACAAAGUGGCGAACAUCUUGUUCCUGGAGAGCCCCGCCGGUGUCGGCUUCUCUUACUCCAACACCAUGUCGGACUACUCCAAGAGCGGAGACCGUAGGACGGCGAUCGACGCGCUGGUUUUCCUCGUCAACUGGUUCGAGCGGUUCCCAGAGUAUAAGCGGAGGGACUUCUUCAUCACCGGCGAGAGCUACGCCGGCCACUACGUUCCCCAGCUCGCCCACGCCAUACUCCACCACAAAGAUCACCUCAUCAACCUCAAAGGCAUCGCGAUUGGGAACGCGGUGAUCAACAAGGAGACGGAUAGCAAGGGGACGUUUGACUACUUUUGGACGCACGCGUUGAUUGCCGACGAGACCAUCCACGCGAUCCACAAGUUCUGCAAUUUCUCGCCGGACGCCCCGCUGACAGCUCCUGAGUGCGAUAGGGCGGUCGACGAGGCCAACCUCGCCGUGUACGAGUUGGACGUCUACAACAUAUACGCGCCGCUGUGCUUCUUGUCGGGCGUGGCGCCGACUCCCAAAUCACCCUCGAUUGAGAAUUUUGAUCCUUGUACUUCUAAUUACGUGGAGACAUACCUUAACAAUCUUGAGGUACAGAACGCUCUACAUGCCAAUGUCACAAAGCUCAAUUACACCUGGUCUGGUUGUAGCCAAGUGAUAACUAGUUGGUCAGAUCAGCCUUCCACAAUGUUGCCAAUUAUUCAUGAAUUAUUAUCUAAUGGGAUUAGGAUUUUGAAGUACAGCGGUGACUUUGAUGGAGUAGUUCCUAUUACUUCCACAAGAUACUCCCUCAAGAAGAUAAAGCUUAGAGUGAAGGCUCCAUGGAGAGCUUGGAUGCUUAACAGUGAGGUUGGGGGAUACACUGUGGUGUAUGAUCACAAUUUGAUAUUUGCCACUGUUCGAGGAGCAGGACAUGAGGUUCCAAGUUAUCAGCCAGCUCGAGCUCUAGAGAUGAUCAAGAGUUUUCUUCAAGGACUACAUCUCCCUGCAGUUUAAGUGUUUCAACAAAGAACCAAUUGAUUUGUUGUUGUUUAUUGUGAUAUCAAACGUCAAAUAAAAUCCAAUCUAUGAUUUUUAAA